UGUCAGGUCCUUUUUCCCGGAUACUGAGGACACAGCUCCAGUGCUCACUCCCAUUGGGUGUCGGGUUUCGAGAACAGCCAAUCAGGGUCGCCACGGUUCCUGGUUUUAAAGUUCCCGCGGACACACCCCGACGCCGAGUUUCCACAGACGCCAAGGAUGGGAUCUUGGCGCCCCGAACCCUCCUCCUGCUGCUCUCGGGGGCGCUGGCCCUGACCGAGACCUGGGCAGGCUCCCACUCCAUGAGGUAUUUCGGCACCUCAGUGUCCCGGCCCGGCCGCGGGGAGCCCCACUUCAUCUACGUGGCCUACGUGGACGACACGCAGUUCGUGCGAUUCGACAGCGACGCGGCGAUUCCGAGGAUGGAGCCGCUGGCGCCGUGGGUGGAGCCGGAGUAUUGGGAGCGGGAGACACGAGGCGCCAAGACCCACGCAGAGAAUUUCCAAGCGAACCUGCGGACCCUGCUCCGCUACUACAACCCGAGCGAGGCCGGGUCUCACACCACCCAGGAGAUGUAUGGCUGCGACCUGGGGCCAGAUGGGCGCUUCCUACGCGGGUACGACCAGUUAGCCUACGACGGCAAGGAUUACCUCGCCCUGAAGGAGGACCUGCGCUCCUGGACCGCAGCGGACACCGCGGCUCAGAUCUCCCGGCGCAAGUGGGAGGUGACCCGUGAGGCGGAGAGGGUGAGAGCCUACCUGGAGGACAGGUGCCUGGAGUGGCUCCACAGACACCUGGAGAACGGGAAGGAGACGCUGCAGCGCGCGGAUCCCCCAAAGACACAUGUGACCCACCACCGCAUCUCUGACCAUGAGGCCACCCUGAGGUGCUGGGCCCUGGGCUUCUACCCUGCGGAAAUCACACUGACCUGGCAGUGGGAUGGGGAGGACCGAACUCAGGACACGGAGCUUGUGGAGACCAGGCCGGCAGGGGAUGGAACCUUCCAGAAGUGGGGAGCUGUGGUGGUGCCUUCUGGAGAGGAGCAGAGAUACACGUGCCAUGUGCAGCAUGAGGGGUUGUUGGAGCCCCUCACCCUGAGAUGGGAGCCGUCUUCCCAGCCCACCAUCCUCAUCGCAGCCAUCAUUGCUGGCCUGAUUGUCCUUGGAGCUGUGGUCACUGGAGCUGGGGUUGCUGCUGUGAUGUGGAGGAAGAAAAGCUCAGGUGGAAAAGGAGGGAGCUACUCUCAGGCUGUGUGGAGCAAUGGUGCCCAGGGCUCUGAUGUGUCUCUCAGGGAUUGUAAAGCCUGAGACAGCUGCUUUCUGUGGUACUAAGAUGAUGGGAUUUCCUCAUGCCUCCCCUUUGUGACUUCAAGAGCCUCUGGCAUCUCUUUCUGCAAAGGCAUCUGAAUGUGUCUGCGUCCCUGUUAGCACAAUGUGAGGAGGUGGAGAGACAGCCCACCCCCGUGUCCACCGUGACCCUCAUAUCCACGCUGACUUACAUUCCUUCCCCAAUCAUCUUUCCUGUUCCAGAGAGGUGGGGCUGGAUGUCUGCAUCUCUGUCUCAACUUCGUGGUGCGCUGAGCUGCAACCUGUUACUUGGCUAGUGAAAAUAAGAAUCUGAAUAUAAAUUUGUUUUCUCAAAUUCUUGCCAUGAGAGGUUGAUGGAUUAAUUAAAGGAGAUGAUGCCUAAAAUUAGAGAGAGGAAUUAAAGACCUGAGAACCUUCCAGAAUCCACCUGUUUUCUGUGCAGAGUCUGUUGCAGACAUACGACAGAGUGGUUUUGCAUCUGGGGAAUACAAUUGAAGUAAAAUCAGAAAAAUCUUUGGCCUUGUGGAGCAUGUGUUCCAGUGGGAAGAAGCAGAGGAUAGAUACACUAUGAGCAGAGGAAGGAAGAAAGAUGCUAGAAGACAGCAAGUGUCUGCGAGAUCUCUCUGGAUUGCUGGCAAGACGGCCGAAUAGGAACAGCUCUGGGUUCCAGCUCCCAGUGAGAUCGACGCAGAAGGUGGAUGAUUUCUACAUUUCCAACUGAGGCAUGGAUGACGGCACCAAGGAAGUGACUGCCUGUAGAAGAGAAUGAGUGCAAGAACUGGGCCCUGGACCUCCAGUGCUACACUCAGAGCAGACUGCACAGUUCUGAACACCAAGUUUAGAAGGCACAUAGACCAAGGAGUCCCAGACUUUACUGUGCACAGGAAUCACCUGGAUGUGAUGCUAAGAUCCAGGAAGUCUGGAGUGGAGCAAGAGAUUCUGGAUUUGUGACAAGGCUGGAGCUCAGUGCUGCUGGUCUCCAGAUCACACUUGGAGUAGCAAGAACAUCAGGAUCCCAAUGCCUGUGCAUCAGCCUCAGCUGUAAGGCAUGUUAG